CUCAUGCGAUAGAGACAUUUCUUUGCAUCCCUCGUGUGAGACAAGAACUCGGUCAUUUUUUCCCUCCGCAUUCGCACUCUCCAUUUUCAUGAUGAAUUCACAAUACCGGUCAUCUCAGCAGCAGCAACAGGCGCGGGUCAAAAAGAAGGAGGAAGACCCUGCUGAUUUCAUGCGACUGUCUGAAAAAGAAAUUGCUUCAUGUAUCAGCGAGAUGGGCAUCCCAUUCCAGCCGUCCGAUCUCCAGAAGCCCAACCCCCAAGUAAUUCAGAUGGUUUUCGAACACCUUGGUGAAUUGGUGAUGAACGCCACGAGAGACAACAUCGACCCGGCGAUGCGAGCUGCUGCGGAAGACAUUUGCGCCGAGUUCCCAGAACUAGUCCCUGUCGAGACCAGACUCUUAAUGGGAUUUUUUGUCCACUUGCGCACCAUGCUCGAACAAUGCGGCAUCAACGAUUUCUCCUUCAGCGAUCUAGUCCGUCCAACUCACGAUCGCCUUGUCAAGAUUUUCUCAUACACAAUCAACUUUGUUCGCUUUCGAGAAACUCACACCAAUGUCAUUGACGACAACUUUAAUAAAGCUGAGAGUACCAAAGCUCGGAUCGAAACACUCUAUACCGAAAAUCAAGAUAUGGAACAGAGACUUGAAGAGAUGAAGCGCAAUCGAAAAGCCAUGGAAAUAGCGGUCAAAGAAAAGAUGCGCCGGAAUGACGAAUUGAAAGCGCGUCUCCUGGAACUACGCAAGGGCCAAGAGAGAGUCUCGGAACAGCUCGAAAGAGCCAAAGCCGACAAGGCACGCGCUCAAGCUGUUCUGGAAGACAAGACGGAAAGACUUGUUCGAACACGACAAGAAAGCGAGAAGCUCCGACCCUACGUCCUGCAAUCCCCAGCGGCGUUACAAGAUGCCCUGUCUGAGCUGUCGGAGAAUCUGCUACGAGAAAAGUCGCAAAUCGACCACCUAGAACGACGAAGCCGAGCGCUACAAACAUCCGGAGACAGCUUUUCUGUCGUCCAGAAUGAUGUUCAGUCUUGUGUCAAGGUUCUUGAAGACAUCGCGAUGGAGCUGCAAAAGGAGGAAGAGGAAGAUGCCAGGGCAGCCAAGAACAGAGACGCUUUGGCUGAACGUGGAAAUAACGUUCGGGAAGUCGAGCAGAACGAGAAACUCUUGCAGAGACAACUGAAGAAGUGGGAAGAGAGGAUUGAGGAGCUGAGGAGGAAACAGAAAGACCGAGACGAUGCAAACAAGGCUCGAAUGGAUGAGCUGCGCGAAAUGCAGAAGCAGCUGAGGGAAGAGCGAGCAGAGAAAGGACGUGAGAUGGAAAGAAGGAAAGUCAGAAUUGAACAGACGGAAAAGAAGAUGGCUGAUCUCAAGGAUAACAUCGAGAACGAGGUACAUACGGCCCACGAAGAGUAUCUCAAGCUCGAAUCGCACAUAAAGCUGUACAUUACCGAAAUGGAGCAGAGCAUCUGAUCUCUCUCACCGAGUUUGACGACUUUACGACUUUUCUGGAGCAGGCAUGUUGAAAUACCCAUUGUUGCAAGGACACGGCAGUCAUGUAGCGAUAUCAGAAGCCAUUGGAGCUGGAACCAAUAUAUAUUUCAUGUUCAUUUAAGACCAAG